AUGACGUUCAAAUCGUCUCCAAUGACUCAGGUCAAACUACCUUCGUUCACAGAACUCACUUCAAAGUUUCAGGGAAGCCACGAUAUCCCUGAAGACAUUUUGGGACCAAACCUCAAAAGCUUUUCACAAAAUGGAUCUCUCGCACAGGUUCCUCCGAUGUAUGGGUUGCCGCCUCCACGAGCAACACUUUCCUAUCACCUCUAUCCUUCCGCCGAGGACGCACCUAGCUCACCAACAACAUCAUACCAACAUGGCGACACACCGAGACGUUACUAUGUUCUGGAGAGGGAUCCCCAGUCACCACAAUCACUGCAACAGUCACCAGACUCGAGGAUUCGCGAUUCUUUCUCCUUCGACAGAUCGAAUCGCAUUACUAAAAAGCGCUCAGAUCCGAUGUCUCCACUUGCCCUUCGCUAUAGUGGCACUGAAAAGUCGGACGAUCGAUCAUUUGAAUCUCUCAAAAACUCGUCCCAGGUCAGUAUUGAUACUACUUCUGAUCCAGUGGUGGUUUCCAGUCUGGAGAAAGUGUUCGAGAUGUUUCCUGUUCUCUCCAACAACUGCGGAUCUCUCAGGGCAAGUUUAGCGCACGAAAUUGACGACUCGAAGGACAUCUCGACACUGAACAAUAUUGCAGAGAUAGUUCCAGAACAAUUGCUGGACGACAGUGUAAAACAAGCCACCGAAAUUGCCGGAGCAUUGCGGACUUUGAAGCUGUUUGUUGCUGGUUCCAAAAAGGCCAAAGAAUCGCAAUCGCAAUCGCAAGCGCAAUCACAAUCACAAUCACCGUCGCAAGCCAUUUUCCAAAAGCGCGCACCAUCAACAAUAAAGAAACCAGGUUUGCGAUACGUUCCAAAAGGACAUCGGAGCACCAAAUCCGAAAGCAGUGCUGAUGCCUUCGUAGCAAAAGGCCACACUGGGGUGAAUGAGUCUGUGCUUUUGCGAGUCGAUCCUCCAAAACCGUUCAUUAUCACCAACUCUCAAACAGUUGAUACCACGGGCAUCACGCCUCGUGGGAAUCUUCACCAGGAACUAAGCAUGAAGCCAAAGAUCAAGUGUAUCCAGUGCGGCUCAAGUACCACUCCGGAGUGGAGAAAAGGGCCCCACGGUGCGAGAACUCUUUGCAAUGCAUGCGGAUUGUUCUAUUCCAAACUUAUCCGGAGAACUGGGGUUGAUGGUGCAGCCAAUUUGAUGCUGGAGAGGAAAAAAGAAGGAGUGGGUGCUGAUCGGAGAUUACCCAAUGAGUGA